UCUUAGAGGAAGCAGUAGACUAGAAGGACCUGGCAGAGACAGAGAGACAAGAAGCUUUCACAGGUUUUCACACACAUCUCAAGAUAGCACUGAAACACUGACCUGACAGAAUGUUCUUAAUCCUGGUUGUCACAGUGUUCUUGGCUGGCUGCUUGGCUUUGCCCAUCAAAGACCCGUACUCGUAUUCCUCUGCGGUGGGUCAGGGAGGUGGCACCCCAUUUGCUUCCUACGGUGAGGGACGCAUCACGGGAGUCAGAGUGUGGGAGACCAACAACUACUACUACUACUACUACUACUACUACAACUACAACAGCAACAACUACAUCAGCGGGUUCCAGCUGAGAUACGGCAACACCUGGUCUCCUGUGUUCGGUAACGAAGGGAGUGUAAAGCAGGUGAUGGAGCUGUUUAAUGAUGAGGCCAUUGUUGAGGUGUCUGGGAAGUACAACCCAGCAGACUACAUCUGCUACCUGGUGUUAACCACCAACAUGGGGCGCACUCUGUCAGCCGGCCUGCCCAACCAAAUCUCCUUCAACUUCUACCCAACCAACAUGGGCAAUGAGCUGAGGAUCCUCAGCGGUCGCUUCAACGGUGCUGGAAUCACCUCCAUCGGAGCCCACUGGGGAUUGGUGGACAUGGAAGGGGCUGGAAACAGUACUCUGGAAACAGCACUGGAAACAGUAACUCCUAUUUAUUAGGGGGAAAAAAGUAUGUCUUGCUCUUUGGGAUGGUAUACCGGAUACAGAUUAAGCCUAAUCCUGGACUAGUUACUUUCAAUUGAGAUUCUCCAUUCGACAUGCUUUUUAGUCCAGGAGUAAACUUAAUCUGGGUCCAGGAAACUGACCCUAUAUGUUGUACGGAUGUUUGACAGACGCUGACAGAACAGUUUUUUAUUUCACUAUUAUUUCACUGAAUGAAUUUGAAUGUUUUGAGUACUUUGGAAGUACUUUUGAGGUGAUUCCUCACUUGAAGCAGUACAAAAAUAUUUCUUAACAUUCAAAUUCAUUCAGUGAAUUGGGUCACAGACCACAUGCGUUGUUUUCACAUUUUAUCACAAUAAAGGAAAGAAUCAUAUGGGAUUUAAAGGAUUAAUUAUAUCUUUGAUUAAUGGAACAAUCAAAUAUUAUGGGGAGAUAAUAGUGUUUCAGGGUGUUUCACCUUCACUAUUUUAUACACGCUGCAUUUGUUAUUUGUUGUUCCUUUUCUGCUACAUCUGCUUCUGGACAUUUGAAUAAAAAGCAUAUCUUUAAUCAUUA